AUGGCGGAGAAGCGAUACAAACUGUACGAACUCUCGCGGCGUGACGCACGCCGUCGACCGCCGCUGCCGGAGACAGACCUGACCGAUGUGGUGCGGCUGCACGAACUCGAUCGAAACACGGAGGAGAACAGGCGACUCAUCCAUCGAGUCGUUCUCCCACCACGAUCGCAUCAUAAUGCGAACACAUCACUCUCGGCAGCGGACAAAAUUCAUCACGAUAGCGAUGUGGUGUGCUACACCUUUGCUGGUGUCCCUGGCCUUCUGCUGUUUCCUGGCGUGCUAAGCGAGGCGGAGCAGCAGCGGUGGUGCAGGGAGGCGGUGCUCGAUUACGGCGACUCGGAGCAUCACCCCAACAUCCUCAGCACUCACGCCAGGGCUCCACAGAGCACGUCUUGCUAUCAGCCCCCCAUGCGGUGGGCCACGCUUGGGUACAGCUACGAGUGGACGCAGAAGGUGUACCACCGCGACCGCUACUCGACGUUCCCGUCUGCUCUGCGUCAGCGUAUGUGCGACCUCGUCUCGCUUGUGGCGGAGGUGCGCCAGGAUGGGUUCUGCUGCGCUUACCCCGAUACCUACGAGCCGCAAACGGCGAUCGUCAACUACUACCCUGUGGGGUCGAUGAUGAUGUGCCACCAGGAUGUUAGCGAGGAGACGCUGGAGCAGCCGUUGAUGAGUUUGUCGCUGGGCUGCUCUGCCGUUUUCUUAAUGGGCACGCAGUCUCGUGAGGAUGCCCCGCACGCAUUUCUUCUGAGGAGCGGCGACGUGGCAGCCUUCACUGGGCCCUCGCGGGCGGCCUUUCACUCUACACCACGCAUCCUCGACGACUGCCCUGCGUACCUGACGGUGCCGGAGGAUGAGCUGACGGAUGCGGAGCGGUCCCGGUAUCAUCAUCAUGCCUACUACGCGCGCUCCAUGCCCAACGGGGGCUUCUCGCGAGUGGACAAGGCUAGCAUGACGGCGGAGGAGCAGGAGCGGUACUGGCGCCUUUGCAUGCGGCACAUGCGUGUGAACAUCAAUGCACGGCAGGUGUACAAUGUGCAGUGCCCCUUUCUCUUCGAUGCUCCACACGCCAUGGCCUGUGGAGCAGACACAGGCACAGGCUGA